UGUAGUAACAACAAGGAACCAUAUGUACGUUAGCUAGGUUAGACGUAGCAUAUAAGAAGGCUGAUGGUUUUAUCAAUCUCUGUUAUACUUUAAUAAAGGACAAAGUAUUGUCCUGUAGUUGUUUAUGGAAGACCAGCUGUUCUGAAUAAUCUUUGAACUGCCUCACAGGUAAGGUUGAAUUCAAAAUGCCCCUGCACGGUAGAAUUGUUGUAAUCAAAAGGAGUGGAGGAGAUGGGACUGAGUUUCCUCUGACUGCAUCAUGCUUAUUUGGAAGGAACCCUGACUGCGACAUUCGCAUUCAACUUCCCCAAGUCUCCAAGGAGCAUUGCAGGAUUGAGCUGAAUGAAAAUAAAGAGGUUAUUUUAACCAAUUUGAGUUCAGUGAACCCGACCCGUGUCAAUGGGGAGGUUUUUCAGCAGUCUGAAUGUUUGAAACAUGGAGAUCUAAUCACAAUUAUUGACCGUUCUUUCAGGUUUGAAUACCACCCACCACCCACUCCAAAGAAAAAUAGAUAUUCUGCUGCUAGAAAAAAUGAAACUCCUCAGGUUUUACAUGAAACCCAAGCGAGGGAUACCAGAGCUAAAGAUGGAACCAACACUUCUGUGGUCCAACUCCAGGAGGAUGGAAUUCUUGAACAGAACAAGCCAAGCUCCUCCUUCUGUGAGCUGUAUCAAAUGUUCAAACAAGAUCUGGAUUCCAAGACUCCAAAGAAAGCACCUGGAACACCUGCUUCAAGGCUUUGUCCACAGAAACCUAUCCCAACCAAUAAAGUGGAUGGGGUGUCUGUCAUUUCCACACCCAAGAAGGUGGAGACUGAAAAUGUGUCACCUGUUAUCACUGGAGUGACUCCAAAAUCAGCUCAGAGGAGGCGAAUGUCCUUCCAAGGUUGGGUUGUUGAGGGGAAUGUGCCAGAUGAAGAUUUCAUCCAGCUGACUCCAUCUAUUCAAGAAACUCCCAAAGGUAAAAGGCGUUCUUCACAGUCCAAAACACCCACCACUGUUGAAGAAAAAUCCACCCCUGUUUCUCAGAAGAAAAGUCGUCUGGCAACACCCCAGAAGUUCACCGCUAGUGAAGUGGUUGAGCAGAUUUCUGAGUGUCCGACUGCAGAAACCGCAAAGACCCCCACUAGGAGGAGGAGCAAGGAAGCCACUCCCAUCAAAUCUUUGGUAACUGAGGUAGAACCACCUGCUGACGCAGUCAUUUUAAACCAAGACCAGACCGUAGUGAGUGAGAAUUCCACGCCAAGUACCUUUAAGAUAGAGCCCUGCCGCUCUCCACAGGCUUCACCAAGGUCUGCUGGGAAAAAGCUUCAAGCCCAGGAUGUGCUUCGUGAACUAGAGGUGACCACACCCACCAAUGUUAAACAGUCAUCCGCUAAGAAACGGAAGAGUGGAGACCUUAAAACAGAAUUGUCAACACCACUGGGCAAGAGAAAAAGGGUUUCAUUUGGAGGUCAUUUGGAGCCGGAACUGUUCGAUAAACGUCUGCCUCCUGACUCCCCACUACGCAAAGGAGCCACUCCUGGACGGCGCAGCUUGUGUGUCCCUAAAAUGAAACGGUCACUCCUCAGGAGAGCAUCUGCAAUUGGUCUGAUAAAGGAGCAUGAACAGUCUGCCCCAGAGAACCCUAAAGUGAAAGGAAGUCCAGGAAAGAUUGUAUCUCCCAAGACUCCCUCGCCUGCCAAGUCACCACCGAAGGCAUCUCCCAAAACUCCCUCACCUGCCAAGAAGACACCGAACGCUAAAACUCCAUCUCCAGGUAAAGUGAAGACCCUGAAAACCGCUGUCAAGACUCCAUCUGCUCGAAGAAAGUCUCCAUUAAAAGAUGAAUCUCAAACACCCAAGGCUGGGAUGACCCCCGUGAGUUUGCAGUCAGCCAACACAACACCCACUGUGCAACGCCGGUUCUCAGUGUCCCGCAUCAGCACCUCAUCACCCACCGCAGACCAGGACUCUGUCCCACAGACACCUGUCACUGUAACCCUGCGUGUUCCCUUGAGGAGAACGAGCAUGAAGUCUACCUCGAAGACAACAGAGAAAAGCACAAUGAAGAAUACCCUACAAGUCAUCCGUAGAAGAAGUGGUGUUCCUCGGGCAUCUAUGAAAGUUGUGAGUUCCUGGGCUGAUAUUGUGAAGUUCGGCCAGACCAAGGCCCAAGCGGUUAUCCCAACCAAGAAAACGUCCAUCCGAGUGACCAAGACUAAGAAGAAUGUUGUACCAAAACCCAAGACACCUGCGAGGAAGCUCAUAGGACAUGUCAGCACUGGUCAUGCAGAUUCGCCUGUGACCAUUGUUGUGGGCAAAGCUCACAAGCUGAAAGUCAGUCAGCCAUGUGGGGCUGCCCCAAAGCUUGUCCACAACAUUGCACUGCUAAAAAAGAACAUGACAAUGGAUGAGGAUUUGUCAGGAGUUGCAGAAAUGUUCAAGACCCCUGCAAAGCAAAGGAAGUCUGUGGCCAAUGUGCAGAGUGCCCUCAAGACCCCCCAGAGAGUCCAGUCUACAUCUAUGAUUGAAUCAGUGAUGGAGACCCCAGAGGCCACUGGUGAAAUGGUGGUGUCUCCUCUUGUUGUUUCUACUGCUAAACGGGGUGUGUACAACAGUGAUGCAGUCAUUAGACUCCUUCGGGAUUAUCAAGAAUCCAGUUUCAUCACUGCAAAUGCCACUCAGGAGGAAGCUGAUGACUCUUGUUCCAAACCAAGUGAGAUCCCUGCCUUGGAGAGGUCUUGCGAAGAAUCUAAGGAAGAACAGCAGCCAGAGUCAAAGACCGCGAUCUCCACUCUCAUACAGAAGAAACCUGAACAACCCGACUAUCUCACUGGAGUGAAGAGGAUUAUGAAGACUCCAAGACAGAAGGCAGACCCCAUUGAAGACCUCACAGGGAAACUGUUGAAAACUCCCAAACAACAGAAACCUGAGCAACCCGACUAUCUCACUGGAGUGAAGAGGAUUAUGAAGACUCCAAGACAGAAGGCAGACCCCAUUGAAGACCUCACAGGGAAACUGUUGAAAACUCCCAAACAACAGAAACCUGAGCAACCCGACUAUCUCACUGGAGUGAAGAGGAUUAUGAAGACUCCAAGACAGAAGGCAGACCCCAUUGAAGACCUCACAGGGAAACUGUUGAAAACUCCCAAACAACAGAAACCUGAGCAACCCGAAUGUCUCACUGGAGUGAAGAGGAUCAUGAAGACCCCAAGACCGAAGGCUGUACCCAUCGAGGACCUUAGAGGAAAACUGAUGAACACUCCAAGAGGGUCUAAGGCUGCUCAAGAAGUAAACUUCAGUGGUGUAAAGGAACUCCUGAAGACCCCCAAAUACAACGCUCAACCUGUUGAAGAGAUUUCUGGUGAAGCCCAAAAUGAUCAAAAUGUCCACAGCAAGACAAAAGAGAUUCAAGAAGAAGCUAUUUAUCCUGAAUGUGUGUCGGAUGCCAUGACAACAGUGGAGCAGAGCGAAGCGCUUGCUGCUACUCCUGAGGCAGUGGAGGAAGAACAGCCUGUUGAGGCAGUGGAGGAGGUAGAAGAGCCUGCUGCUGCUCUUUCUUCUGAGACAGUGGAGGAGACUGAGGGGCAUGCUGCUGUACCUGCUAAUGCUGUAGAGGAAGAACAGCCCGCUGAGGCGGUAGAAGAGCCUGAUGCUGCUCCUUCCGAGGUAGUGGAAAAGAUAGAAGAGCCUGCUGCUUCUCUUGCUGAGGCAAUGGAGGAGAUCGAAGAGCCAACUGCUGCUCCUGCUGAGGCAGUGGAGGAAGAACAGCCUGCUCCUCCUGCUGAGGCAGUGGAGGAGGUAGAGCCAGUUGCUGCACCUGCUGAGGCAGUGGAGGUAGAACAUCUUGAAAGUGAAGAGCCUGCUGCUCCAGUAAAAGGUAGAGGCAAGAAAACUGAGGGGAUUGUGCCACCACCAGCCAGACCAUCUGCUAGAAGGAGAGGGGCAAGACAUAAUGAAAGCAGUAGCGUUGAGGCACAAGUGGAAACAAUAGAUUCUGUGGAUGUGCAGGAGAAAAUGGAUGCUGACACAGUUCCUGCUGAAAAGCCGAAGAGAGGACAAAAGGCCAAACCGGCUUCUGUGGAGCAAGUUGAAACCGUGCAGGAGAACACUGUUGAAUUCAUUAGUGUUCCUGUCACUGAAAAGGUUGAGGCCCAGACUCGAGUCGUUAGAUCUAAGCGAGGAAGAAAGCCUAAACAGGAUUCAGUAGAAGUUGUUGAAGAGGAGGUUCUUGAAAUUCCUCCAAUUGAGAUUGUGGAGGCCAAGGAGCUAUCUGCUAGUGUUCCUGUUGAGAAACCACGGGCAAGAGGAAGACGGGCUAAACAGGAGUCUGUAGAAGAAGCCAAAACAAUGGAAGAACAUGUUGCUGAAGCUGUGGUGGUUGAAAUUACUCCUACAGAAGAGAUGGAGGCCCCAGUCCCUGUUGCAAAACCCAAGAGAGGAAGAAAGACUAAGCAGGAGUUUGUGGAACAAGUGGAGUCUGUGAGUGUUGAAACUCCUGUUGAACAGGUUGAGGCCCAGGAGCUGACCACUGUGGCUCCAGUUGAGAAACCCAAAAGAGGCGGAAGAAAGACUAAGCAGGCUUCUGUAGAGUUCGUUUUGGAACAUCCUGUUGAGUCAGUGACUGUGGACGCUGAAGCCCAGGAGCAGACCGUGGUGGCUCCGGUUGAGAAACAUAAAAGAGGAAGGACUAAACAGAAUCCCGAGAGUGUCGUCCCUCCAGUAUCCACAGAGACUCAGGAGGAAACAUCUGCUCCCCCUACAGAGAAACUUAAAAGAGGAAGAAGAGCGAAGCGGAAGGUUCCUGAAGUGGUAGAAGUUGAGAACAUGAUAGUGCAGGAAGUCCACGUCCCUGCACAAACUGAGGAGGUUGAUGCUAAACCAGAGAGUGAAGAGACCAUUGCUGAGGCUGAAGAACAUCUGGAAGCUCCUGUUGUCAAAUCAGGACGGGGAAGGAAGGCAAGAGCCGUUGUGAAGGAUGAAGUGCCUGCCAAGAGGAAACGCAGAGGAGCAGCUGAUUCCCCAAAGGAGACCACUGCUGCAGAAGCAACUGUUGGAGUUCCAACAGAGCCUGUCAAGAGAGGCAAAAGGGCAGGUAAAUCCACAGUCUUUUCCAAUGAAACCACCAUUGCAGCUGAGAGCAAUCCAUUGGAGGCUGAGGUAACAGACACUAAAAAGGGAAAGGCUGUUUCUGAAACUACCUCUGACCAGGCAAAUUCUAUUGAAGGCAUGGAAACUAUCGAUGAAGACUCAAAAAAUACCUCAAAAUCUGUUCAUUGGAAACCUGAUUUGGAAGUUACACAUAUGGUCACCCCUCUUCCUAAACAGAGAAAAUCCAGACGGAAUGAUACUGUUCCCAUGUGUAAGGUUGACGAACAGCCUGCACAAAUUGAAGAACAGGAGGUUGUGAAGGCAGUGCGAGGAAAAAGGGCAAGAACUAACGUCGCGGUCAAAGAGGAGACCGCACAAUCAACAUCCUCAAGAAGGGCACACCAUAGUGCUACAGAGUCCACAGAGACCUCCACUGCUGAAGCCACUGUCUGCAUUUCAAAGCCUGUAAACAAAAGAAAUACAGCAAGAAAUACAAAGAAAGCUGAAGAGGUAGAUCUCUCAGAUAAAACUGUUCCAAAGGAACCUGUCAAAAAAACAAGACGAGGAGCAAAGUCUACUGCUGCAGCUCCCAUUGAGACCACUAGCACUACUCCUACUGUCACUGAGGAAGUGCCAGAGACCAUCUCAGAAGUAGCUUCAGAAGGAAGAGGAAAAGGAUCCAAAAGGGCAAAAGCUGCAUCUCAGGGAAUUGACAUUGAGCAAGCUACUGAAUCCGAGCAGCUGAGUAAGCCCCGCAGAGGGAGAGCUGUAAGAAAAUAGAGCUUAGGCAUUCAUACAUUUUUGUUUAAUACUUUGGUAUAAAAAUGCUUAUGUAUGAUUGCGCAACUUAUUUUAAUGUUAUUUUUUUACUUGUCUGGUGUUAUAGUAACAGGUAUAUCCUGUAGAAUUGAUGUCCUUAGCAGUGCUUUGCAAGAUGAUUAGAUUAAUGGUAUUGGUGUUAAUUGUGGUUAGUUUUUUUGGCUUAUAUUUUUUUACAUUUUAAAUGGAUUGUAUGGUAUUCUAUUCAGACUGCAAAUAUUUUGGGGGAAAUUAUUCGUAUUAAAAAUCAUAAUGGAGAAGUCUGAAA